UAUCUAAUAAAACUACAGAAAAAAACAUUAAUUUAUAUGCUGACUGUAAAGAAGAACAACAGGCCAAAACUGUAAAUGAUGUCCACAUUUAAAAAAAUUUACAUUUUUAUAAAUGCAAAUUAUUAUUAUUUUUUUUGUUUAAUUUGCUGAUAAAAAAAUAUACACAUUUUUAAAACUCUAUUUAAAUAUGCAAAAAUAUUGCUAUUUUAGAGUUCUUUGCUAUUAUUUUAAAGAAAAUAUGCAGCAGGUAUAUUAGUGGUAAAUAUAUUCUACUAAAGAUUGGCCCUGUUGGAGACUUUAACUAGUAAAAGUACAGAAAAAAGUAUUGAUUUCCAUGUUGACACUGUUUUACUGUAUUUCAAUCAACUAUAGGAAUACCCUAAUUUUAAAGGUAUUUGUUCUUAUUUUCACAUUCUUAUUUUUACAAUUUUUGAACAUUCUAGUAUUCCACCCUUUUUAGCAUGUUUUCUGGCACCUUUGUUGAAAGAUGCUGAUGUUUUCUUCCAGAUAGUGACUCUGUUUUUGAAGAAACUUAGUGAAUAAAUGAGAAAGCGACUGAGUAUUAUCACUUGUGGAUUUUUAUUUUUAAGGAUAUUGAGGCUUCAGCAUCUCUCCAGCGUUCUGACGUGUUUCCUCCGGUUGUAAACAAACACCUUCCUCCUUUUGUCUUCAGGCCCAUUGUCAGAGUCAGAGGUGACCUUUCCUCUCUGGAUCUCCCCUCGCUGCCAUUCCUUUUCCUCCCUUCUCUCUUUCAGUGUCGAACACAAGCUGUUGCUCUGCCACUCCCUCUCUUGUCUGCUCCCUGCCACUCCUCCCCUGCCUCCCUCUCCUCACCCCUGGCUCUCCUCCCUUCUCCCUCUCCCCACCUGUUGGAGCGAUUGUUGCCGCGACCUUAUUGUUGGUCGUCUUAUUAUUUUAUGUCACUCCCCUCUCUGUGGUGUUUUCCCUUCUUCUGGACCACUCCCUCCCCGCCUGCCAGGUAUAAAACCCAGAGAGGAGGCUGAGGAGGGAGAUUCAGCACCUCAGCAGCACUGGAAGAAGCGGGAAUCUGCAUCAUUUACCUGCAAAACACAAAGUCACACAAGGACAGCAGCAGCUCUUAGCUUUCUUCCCCUCUCGGACGUAUUUUCCCAGCAGGCCGUGCAGAUGGAUGGAGGCAUGUCGGUGUCUCUGUGGUGUGAGGAGGUGGAGGACGACCAGACUCGGGACCAGAGUGCAGCUCCACCUCAGGGCCACAUUCGGGGCCCGACUCAGCUGCGAGCCGCCUGGGAUCCGUCGGCGUCGGGGCACCGGGUGAUCCAGAGGCUGCUCCAGGUGGAGGACAGGUACAUGCCCUCCAUGCUCUACAUCACCCUCAUCCAGAGGCAGCCGGAGCGCAGGGAGGAGCUGGCCAAGUGGGCCCUGGAGGUUUGCUGUGACUGCGGCUGUGAUGAGGCUGUGUUCCCCCUGUCUGUCUCUCUGAUGGACAGGUUUCUGUCUGUCUCUCUGUCCCUGCCGGUCUCACCGUUCUGUCUGACCGCCGGCUGCAUCCUCAUCGCCUCCAAGCUCACAGAGUGCGACAACGUCACCGCAGAUAGUCUGUGUGCUGCAGCAGAAUACAGCUUCCAGCCCUCCAACCUGAGGGAAAUGGAGCGAGUGAUCCUUGCCACCCUCCGAUGGGACACAGCAGCAGUGACUCCUCAGGACUUCCUCCCACAUUUCCUGGCCUCCAUGGAGGAGAUGGGAGACGGAGGAGACUCUGAGGAGGAGCUGAUCUCCACCCUGAGGAGACACAGCGACACCCUGGCUGCCAUGUGCGCCUGCGACUCCCGUUUCCUGGGAGCUCCGCCAUCACUUGUCGCUGCAGCGUCCCUGAACUGUGCACUGAGGGGCCUCAGCAACAAGGGGCCCACACAGCUGGCCCUGAGGAGUGAAGCACUGGCCGAGCUCUGCCAGACCGACCUGGCGGUGCUGCAGUGCUACAGCGACAUGAUCGAAUAUUCCCUCCGACAGCGUCUGAGCAGUGGGCUGCAGCAGGGUCCCACCGAGAAAGACGGGGAGGUGGAGGAGGAAAGGCCUGGAACACCAACUGACAUGAGAGAGAUUGAUUUCUGAACACUGAAUCAGCUGCUGCCUUGAAAGUGUGAAUCAAUCAAAGCUUUUCAUCAGUCAAACUGAUAUAAAUUAACCUCAUAAUGCUCUGACAUGUCUUUUAUAUAUUUUUAUUGACUUUACUAUCGAAUGACUGUUAAUUUAUUUCUCGCUUUAUUUAUUUGUGAACGUUGUGUUUCCUAUGUGCCAUAUUUGAUUAUCUAUUCCUAUUAAUUUUAUUGUAGCACUAGAUGUUAUUUUGAUGCAUAAUAUUUAUACUUUUUAUUUAUUAUCACGUGCAAUUGUUAAUUUAUUUCAAUUUGCCAUAAUUUUGU